AUGUCGUUUAAGAUAGUUUACGCGUCCAUGUUGUAUUUUUUAUUUGUAAACUGCAAACAUUUAGAAAAAAGACAAGCGGAUUGGUUUGAACCUUAUACAUUUACGGUGCUAAAAACAGACAUUCAAACAUCCUACACACCUUCUUCGUGUGUUCAAGUUGAACCCACUUUACCACCAUGUCGGAAUGUUAGAUAUUUAAAAUUUCCUUCUUUUGUUACUAAACCAAGUCCUCAAAAUAUAGAAAGAACCAUUGAAGGAAAUCAAAUAUUUACGACAAAAUUAAAUUGGGUUGAAUAUUUAGGAAUCUAUGCUCCUACUGUCACAGUUACUGAUACGCUAUUUAAAACUACCACCGUUGAAGAUCCUAGAGUAGUUGUUACUUUUGCUGUAAAGGGCUGCCGUCCUCUAAGAUUGCCUGAUGAUUUAAGCACAUGUGAAAUGGAGAACCCAUCUUCUGUGACCGUAGAAGAAAUUUUACCAACUUCAACAGUUGCUUCAAAUUUCGUUCCUGCAUCGAACUACGACCCUGUUGCAAAUAUCCAAGAUAUUAUAAAUAGCAAUAACAAUGAUCUGGACUCUGUCAAUUUUGACCCAGUGCAACCAUCAAGCGAUACUGUAAUAUUUGAUUCCAAAGUACCAAUUCAACCUACUGAAAGUCUACCAUCUGCAGGAAACUGA